AUGACUCAAAAAAUGACACUAGAAGCAAGGCUUUUUUACGUUGGUGUUGCUCUUAUGCGUAUUAUUCCUGAUCGUGAUGGUUAUACUGCUAUUCAUAUAGUUGAGCAAAAUGCUUUCGUAUGGACAAGAAAACGAAAAAGAUGCGGUCUAUCAACCAUAUCAAUAACCUGUUCCGAAUUAUUUAAUGCAAUGGCAAUGAAUGUACAUUUAAAUAAUUCGAAACAGGUUAUUGAUAUCGUUGAUAUUGACAUGCAUCGUAUUCGUUGGAUUGAAUUAUUUGGCUCUAAUAUUCAUUCUGAACUAUCAUUGUCGAUCAAUCAGUGGUUAGUCAUUGAAUCUGACACAAAUCGCUUUUAUUUAUUGGAAACCAACGGAGAAUUAGGAGAAAUAGAUUGUACUAUCGAUAAUAGUUCUCGUAUAUUAUCAAUCAAAAUGUUAAAUGGGAAUGUUGGACUUGUCAUGUGUAUAUCAAAACAAAAAAGUCAAAUCCUAGGUUCAUCAACAAAUGACGCAUUUAUUGCUACUCAUUAUGAUUUGUUCAUUUGCAAUCCAACAGACUAUACAACUUAUGUCGACUCAACCUUUAGAAUUCAUAAAUGGGAAAAUUAUCUAUUAGUAAAAAAGCUUGGUCAAAUAUCAAUCAAUGAUAUUCAAAUGUUUUAUUCUCCAAUACAUUUUGCUCAAGAUCUGGAACAUCGUUUAAUAAACAACGUUUAUAAUCAUAUGUGUCAACAAAAUAAAGGUCCUAAUUGA